AGGCAGUAAUGGCCAGAGCUUUUGCAGGAAGAUCUAAACUCACAAGCAACCAAGAAUAACCACUGGAAUCUGUGGAGAGCAAACUGGGUUUGGGUGCACAUGGAACCUGAAUCACCCAUUUGCUGCUCUGAGGAUUAAUUGGCUUCAGUUCCAGCACCAUGGAUGAACUGCAGGAUGUUCAGCUGACAGAGAUCAAACCGCUGCUGAAUGACAAGAAUGCAGCUCGCAACUUCCAGGACUUCGACUGUCAGGAACAUGACAUUGAGACAGCUUUUGGAGUGGUUCAUGUCACCAUGCGGGGCACACCCAAGGGGAACAGACCUGUCAUCCUCACAUACCAUGACAUUGGCCUCAACCACAAAUCCUGUUUUAACGCAUUCUUUAACUUCGAAGACAUGCAAGAGAUUACCCAGCAUUUUGCUGUGUGCCACGUGGAUGCACCAGGCCAGCAGGAAGGAGCCCCCCCGUUCCCGUCUGGGUACCAGUAUCCCAGUAUGGAUGAACUGGCUGAAAUGUUACCUGCUGUUCUGACGCACCUGAACCUGAAAAGCUUCAUUGGGAUUGGCCUGGGAGCUGGUGCUUAUGUCCUCAGCAGGUGUGCACUCAGCCACCCCGACCUGGUGGAGGGACUCGUUCUUAUUAAUGUUGAUCCAUGUGCAAAGGGAUGGAUUGACUGGGCAGCAUCCAAGUUUUCAGGCUGGACAACCAACAUAGUGGAUAUUGUCUUGGCGCAUCAUUUUGGCCAUGAGGAACUGCAGGCAAAUCUAGAUUUGAUCCAAACAUACAGGCUUCAUAUCGCACAGGACAUUAACCAAGAUAACCUUCAGCUGUUCCUCACCUCAUACAACAGUCGUAAAGACCUGGAAAUUGAGAGACCGGUUGUUGGUGUCAAUGAAACCACUGCAAAAACACUCAAGUGCCCUGCCUUGCUCGUCGUUGGUGACAACUCUCCUGCCGUGGAAGCAGUGGUGGAAUGCAAUUCACGUCUUGAUCCAACCAAAACAACCCUUCUGAAGAUGGCUGACUGCGGGGGUUUGCCCCAGGUGGUUCAGGUGAGACACACCACGGCUCUCCCAGGGCACUUGGGUGGAACAGAGCCCUUUGUUCUGCUUGCACUAAAGCUGCCCUCUCUGUUUCCACAGCCCGGCAAGCUGACUGAAGCCUUCAAGUACUUUGUGCAGGGAAUGGGCUACAUCCCUUAUGUGCAGCUCAGCCACCUAAGCACUGAGUCAGUGCCGGCCGCCAGCAUGACCCGGCUGAUGCGCUCCCGCAGCCACUCCUCGUCCAGCGUGGGCUCCGGAGAGAGCAGCCGCAGCCGCUCCCACGCCAGCACCCACGGGGAAGGAAGUGUUGGAACCCCAGAAGGAAUUGACCUCCAGGUUGCACCUCAAACCAUGGAAGUAUCCUGUUAGGCAGGAGCCCCUCUUCUGGAUUUAGACAGCUCCACUUGCCCCACUGAACCCACUCAGAAUCUAGCAUUUUGUCCAACAUGGCAUUAACUGUUCUCUCUAACCUGUGCAUGCCCAUCCGAGCAGCCACCUCCUUGGUAGUCUGUACUUGGCAUUACUUUGAUCCUUUCUGUAUUCCCCUGGCAUCAGAGCCUCUUUAAAACUCGUCGACAUUCCGCGGUCUUAGUAAGUCCUGUUACUGUACAUGCUGAUGCCACCUCCUGUCUGUGCUGUGUAUCAAUCCAGAUGACAGCCGUUGUCUCCCCUCUUCAUUUAAAUAUAAUUUCUGUGGCUUUGUGAGGUUUAGAAUUGCUUUCUAGUUGUGCUUCUGCUAAAGGACCCUUGUGGUGCAGUUGGUACGGCAUCGGUGGGACGUGGGAAAGCAAGACCACGAGGAUGUGGCACUCCAGGUGUUGGAGCAGGCAGUGCUCUGUAUGGAGCUGUGCCUGGGGCACAGAGCCCACUGGAAGGUCUGUGUGUUCCCACAUGCCAGGCAGCCAUGAGAAAAACAAAUGGUCAGGAAUGCUGUCUUGAUCUCAUCUGUGUGUGUGUUAAGAAGGAGCAGAGUGAUUUCUUACCUGAGCCUCCUGAAAGAGCAAAUAAUUUACCAGUAAACUUCCACUAACAAGGUGCACUAUUAACCAAGUACAAGGGAUUAAACUCCAGCAGCCCUGGCUCCCAGACCACCUCCACAACCCUCUCUGACCCGGCAGAAGGGCAGGAUGCAGUGACAUGUCAUCACUGUUCUACCCUGGCCCAGGUGAAUCUUUAACCUUGAGCAGGUUGUGAAAUGGGAAGCAGUGCCCCUUGCCAGGUGAAGAUCCCAAAAUCUCCUGCACUGCCAGCUCUGCCUCCCACUGCUGCUGCCCAGGCAGGGUCUGCACAGGGUGCAGUUACCUGAGGGCAGGAAUGUAAGUGACAGCCAGCAAUGACACAUUCCUGUGAGUCAGGUCAGAAGGGUGAGCAGUGAACACUCUAUGCAGGUACCAGUUACUGUCUUUGUGAGAUUCACAAUUUUGCUGCCUUUUUACACCUGGCCGGGUCACCAAGGGUGGACAGCAGAUACCUGCUGCAUGCCAGGGUCUGGUGUUAAUGGGAGAAAAGGGACGAGUGGUCAGGCUGCUGCAGGUCUUGAUGGAUGAGCAAAACAUCCUUUCCUCACUGCUAAGCAGCCCUGACCCUCUGGGAGCCAGCUCCUCCCAGGGUCACGCUCACAUUCUGCUCCAUUUCAGGUAGGGAAUGGGACCGGGAGGCUCUGCCUGAGGGGAACUUUGUACCAGUUAUUGAAUAAAGCUAUAACUAACUGAGUUUCAUUGUUA